AUGUUUUUCGUCAGUGGGUCACUCACAAAUUGUUCAGGUUGCGUUUUUCAUUUCCUUUUUUCAUUUUUCCUUUUCUUUCUUUGUUUCUUUUUUUCUUCUUUCUUUCCCACCGUUCGUUUUUUCUUUCUUUCUUUCUUUCUUUCUUUCUUUCUUUCUUUCUUUCUUUCUUUUCGUUUUAUUUUCUUUGCGCUUCCCUCCAUUUAUUAUUCUUUCUUUCUUUCUUUCUUUAUUUAUUUAUUUCUUUCUUUCUUUCUUUUCGUUUUAUUUUCUUUGCGCUUCCCUCCAUUUAUUAUUCUUUCUUUCUUUCUUUCUUUCUUUCUUUCUUUCUUUCUUUUCGUUUUAUUUUCUUUGCGCUUCCCUCCAUUUAUUAUUCUUUCUUUCUUUCUUUCUUUCUUUCUUUCUUUAUUUAUUUAUUUAUUUCUUUUCGUUUUAUUUUCUUUGCGCUUCCCUCCAUUUAUUAUUCUUUCUUUCUUUCUUUCUUUCUUUCUUUCUUUCUUUCUUUCUUUCUUUCUUUCUUUUCGUUUUAUUUUCUUUGCGCUUCCCUCCAUUUAUUAUUCUUUCUUUCUUUCUUUCUUUCUUUCUUUCUUUCUUUCUUUCUUUCUUUUUUUAUUUCAUUUUUUACGAUUACCCUUUAUUCUUUCUUUUUACCCUUUUGUUCUUACUCAUCCAUUCAUUCAUUUUUCUUUCUUUUCGCUUUUUUCUUUGUGUUUUUCCUUCAUUUACCCUUUCUUUCUUUCUUUCUUUCUUUCUUUCUUUCUUUCUUUCUUUCUUUCUUUCUACUAA